AUGACUGACUAUCCGUCCACUCCACCGCCGCCCAAGUCGCCUUCGCCAGUUCCGCGCUCCUCGAGCCUCCCGCGUUUGGCAAGUUCAAAGCUUUUCAACCCUAUUCAGAACGAAGCAUCUGCAAUAUCCACGCGCGGUCACCACCUUCCCUCGUUACUCAGCAGCGCGCGUCGACCGUCUACUAUACGCAGCAGUGAGCGCCGGGGCAGCGACACGGACGAUGAAGACUUGGAAGCAUACAGACACGGGCUUGUGAUGCCUUAUGAUCGGGACUCAGAUCGGAGGAGCAGCAUAGGCGCGCAUGUGCUCAACACGCCGCAGAUGAGAAGCCAGCGGCUGAUUGGCAAUUCUAAUCCCAGGUACAAGUGGGAGAGGUAUUACAAGACGGAAGAAGAGCUGAAAGGCAUGAAGAAGCCGAUACGCGAAUACUAUGAGCGCAACAACCAGCUCCUUCAACACUACUUGUACAUCGACCGUCUGUUGGACUCUUCGCUCCCUCACAAUCUCAUUCAAGAGUACACGAAUCUUGAAUCCGGCGCCGUCAAGAUCCCGACUACCAUCACCGAAGAAUCUUCAGCUGCCACCACCCCACUCGCUACACCCGGCAAUGGUAACAAUGGUACGAACACACCUGGCUAUUACAGUGAGAAUGGGCGAAGUGGUUCAUUAGGUAGUCUGAAUAACGGCAAUGGCGCACAGAAACCCAUGGUCAAGCGCACACCCAAAAAUCUCUACAAAGUCCCCGAAGCAGACGAGAACACCCCGCUCCUCGCACACGACGACGCUAUAGAAGAUGAAGAUGACCUAGAAAUCGCCAACUCCGAGCUAAAAGACUGGGUUCCGGAAGAAGACGAAGACACCGAAAGCCCUAUCGUCAAGCUAGCACUAUACGUCAACCUCAGUGCAAACACGGCCCUCUUGAUCAUGAAGAUCGUUGUCACGGUCCUUACAUCGUCUCUCUCCGUAGUCGCUAGUUUAGUCGACGCAGCUCUUGACUUCCUCUCUACCGCCAUUGUAUGGUUUACAUCAUGGAUGAUCGCGCGUCAAGACAGAUACGCCUACCCGGUUGGUCGUCGACGUCUCGAACCCAUCGGCGUACUCAUCUUCUCCGUCAUCAUGAUGACAUCCUUCUUUCAAGUCGGCAUCGAAGGCAUUUCCAGACUCUCUGGACCUGAUCAUACAAUUGUGCAAUUAACUAUUCCCGCUGUAGCCAUCAUGGCCGCUACAGUCGUUAUCAAAGGUCUCUGCUGGCUUUGGUGCCGCCUCAUCCGCAACUCUUCCGUUCAAGCGCUAGCCCAAGACGCAAAAACCGAUGUUGUCUUCAACACAUUCUCCAUCCUCUUCCCGCUCGUGGGCUAUUUUGCGAAGAUUUGGUGGCUCGACUCGCUCGGUGGUAUCUUGCUCUCCGCAUACGUUAUCAUCAACUGGAGUGCUACCUCCGCAGAACACAUCCGAAACUUGACCGGCGCCAGUGCGACAGCGGAUGAGCGGAACAUCCUUCUUUACAUGACGAUGCGCUUUGCAAAGUCUAUCAAGAGAAUCCAAGGACUGCAGGCCUAUCACGCUGGUGACAAGUUGAAUGUCGAAGUCGAUAUCGUGGUUGAUGAGAAUCUCAGUUUGAGGGAUAGCCAUGAUUUGGGCGAGAGUUUGCAAUAUGUGCUUGAGAGUGUACCAUACGUUGAUCGAGCGUUUGUACAUAUCGAUUAUACGGAUUAUAACUUUCCGACACAUAUGUCGCAGCAAGAGUGA